UUCGAUCGGCGCGCGGUUCCCGGAAGUCCUAGACGCUGAGCUUUGCUAUUCCAAGAUGGUUGCUCGGCCGAUUUAGAGAUUUCCUUCUCCUUUCUGCAUUCUUUUCCUUGUGCUUUAAUGACCUGGAGGUGACGCAGUAAAGGAUCCGACGGAAAUACAUAGAACUGGAGUUCUAAAAUGGCGAAUCGCACAGUGAAGGAUGCGCAUAGCAUCCAUGGCACCAACCCCCAAUACCUUGUGGAGAAGAUCAUUCGGACGCGAAUUUAUGAAUCUAAGUACUGGAAAGAAGAGUGCUUUGGACUUACGGCUGAACUUGUAGUCGAUAAAGCCAUGGAGUUAAGGUUUGUGGGUGGUGUCUAUGGUGGAAACAUAAAACCAACUCCCUUUCUGUGUUUGACCUUGAAGAUGCUUCAGAUUCAACCUGAGAAGGAUAUCAUCGUAGAGUUUAUAAAAAAUGAAGAUUUUAAGUAUGUCCGCAUGUUGGGCGCACUUUACAUGAGGCUGACCGGCACUGCAAUUGAUUGUUACAAGUACUUGGAGCCUUUGUAUAAUGACUAUAGAAAAAUCAAGAGCCAGAACCGAAAUGGAGAGUUUGAACUGAUGCAUGUAGAUGAAUUUAUUGAUGAACUGCUACACAGUGAGAGAGUAUGUGAUAUCAUUCUGCCCCGGCUACAGAAACGUUACGUGCUAGAAGAAGCUGAGCAGCUGGAGCCUAGAGUUAGUGCUUUAGAAGAAGACAUGGAUGAUGUGGAGUCUAGUGAAGAGGAAGAGGAAGAGGAUGAGAAGCUGGAAAGAGUCCCAUCACCUGAUCAUCGCCGGAGAAGCUACCGAGACUUGGACAAGCCCCGUCGCUCUCCCACACUACGCUACAGGAGGAGCAGGAGUAGGUCUCCCAGAAGGCGGAGUCGAUCUCCCAAAAGAAGAAGUCCUUCACCCCGCAGAGAAAGGCAUCGGAGCAAGAGCCCAAGACGCCACAGAAGCAGGUCCCGAGAUCGACGACACAGAUCCCGCUCCAAGUCCCCAGGUCAUCACCGUAGUCACAGACACAGGAGCCACUCAAAGUCUCCUGAUAGGUCAAAGAAAAGCCAUAAGAAGAGCCGAAGAGGGAAUGAGUAAUGAAUUCAAUUUGGUUUUAGUCCAAAUGGCCGCCUGUGGAUAUAAGGGUAUCUAUGUGGAAAAAGGAUCAAGAGCUGCUCUUCUGGCAGCUGU